AUGGGUGAAAAGGAAGAAGCCGCUCCGGUUCUACUACAAUGUCUCGAGAGCGGCCGUGUCGAUGUCAUCUGCUCGAUUCUGUCUCAAAUGAAGAAUCAAGCUGAUUUCCACGCACAAGUUGACAAACUGUGCUGUAAAGAAGGAACACUUCUCCACAAGGCUGUGUGGUUAGAUGCUGCCGAUAGUGUUGCUGCACUUCUUUCUGGAGGUGUGAACCCAUGUGUGCAGAACUCUGAAGGAAAAACAGCGUAUCAAUGCUGUCAAUCGGAAGGCGUGCGCCUCUCGUUUGUACGAGAAGCACUUCAAUCAAUCAAUUUGCACAAAACUGAACGUCUUUGCCAACUCAUCCGGGCCGGCGUGCCAGUCGAUUCGGUGGACACGCCAGAUACAAAAAACACGCUACUAAACUGGGCAGCCGAUUUCGCUACGCCGGAAGUCGUAAAAGCUUUACUGACGAAUGGAGCGAAUGUUGAUCUUGCGAAUUUCAAAGAAGAAACACCUCUUCAUACAGCAGUGAUAAAAGCGAAUGCAGAAGUUGUGAAGAUUCUUCUUUCAGCUGGAGCCAAUCCUUCAUUAAAAACGAAAAAAGGACAAGACGCGUUUGCCCUCGCGGAAACGCACAGUCCUGCUCUUUUAUCACUUCUCAGUAUGGAUCGAAUCGCAAGAGAUGUUCGGCACCAUCGUUCGGUCGAUGAUAUGGAUGAUAGAAUGUCAUUGAUUUCAUGCACAGAAACUCUGAAUACACAGAUUCUUAACGAUUCUAUCAAGUACGAGAAGUAUAUUGAAGGAGAAAUCGACUCAUGGACUGACUUGCUUUGGCCUCAACCAAAACUAAUCUCGAUAAAACAUCAAUCUCCUCGAAACUUUGAGUUUCCAAAAGACGGAAAGCUGAAAGUAUAUUUUGACGAUUGCUCGAGUGCGAAUCCGCGCCAAGUGAUGCAAAUCAUUGAGCUCAGCAAGCCGCUUCUCGUCAGUGUUGGUGUGGAUAUCGAAUACAGAGGACAUCGUUUGGCUGACCAUGAGACAUCAGCAUUAGAAGGAAAAGUGACAUGCGGUGUAUUUGAAGACGGACGUCCAUCUGGUUCGUACACUCUUACUAUCGAUGCAAUUAGAGGAGUAGAAGUCGUUGGAUCGGACUAUGCAGGAAUCCGACAUGCUUUCGCAACUUUUGUUCAAAUUGUGAGGCUUCAUAAGUAUGCUCUUCACAAGCAUGUGGGGCAUUCCAAUGGAGUUUCGACGAGUGUUCCAAGUUCUCCGAACGGAAACGCCAGUGGGGAUCAUAGUCUUCUUAACGGAAAUAGCGCUUCUAAACAUUUUCCUGAUAUUAGCGCAGAUGGAACUAUCAAAGAGCUCACCAUCAGAGAUCAGCCAGAUCGUGCAUUCCGAGCGGUGUAUCAAGAUUUUUCCGGUUGCAGAAUUUUAAAUCCAGACACUAUCUUGAAACUGGCAACCAGACUAUCAUCUUGUAAGGCAAAUUAUUUGUUCGUGAAUUUCGAAGUGAGAACGACUGAUCGCUAUCAACUGCCAUACACUAAUCGGGAACUCUUCCAUAUGAUGCAAGUGUGUCAAGAGCUCUUCAUCACGUUUGUGCCAUCGAUCGACACUCAAUCGAAUUAUCUGGAGGGAGAUCAAGCAAGAACUAUCAUCGAUCAAUUCCUCGACGAUUUCCCCUUGUGCAAAGUAGUUCACUUCGGCCCCAAUCUUGCUAGCUUGUUGAUUUCUGAUAGGAAACUUUUGACAUCAAUCCAAAGACGAGUACCACGGAUUUACCUCUCCACUCAUGUCGACGAGAAAAAUGGACCACUUCUCUCAACUCUUCCUCCGUUUGUUACUCUGUGUGUUGAAGGAACAUGGCCGUUUGAAGUAGAGAAAUAUGUGUCGCCACGUGUAUCCGUUGUUAUCAAAUUCUCGACUGGAGACGAUGGAUAUCUAUGCGCUUCUCCGGAGUCGGUUGCCAAAAAAGCUCUUCUCGCAGCGAAACUGAGUGAUAGACAAACUGUUCUUGGUUCAAUGGUGUGUGAUCUGUCAACUGGAUGUGAGGCGAUGCCACCUUCGUUAUCAUAUAUGUCUCUUCUUGCUUCCGUCGGUGUUGCCUUCAACGGCUCAACUGACAUGAAGAAAUACGCAUUUUUGCUUCCAGUCAUUGCCGCUCAUCACAUGCUUCUUGAUGGUGAUAUGGUCAGCCUGUUCGAGCAAGUACAAACACUCGGAAAAGUUGAGCAUCAACUUACAAAGUACGCUUAUGGAUACUGGAAGCCAAACAGUAGCAGCUCUCCGAACGCUGACAUUUCAUCGGGCUCAGAAACAACACUAUUCGGAAUGUCUGCAAACAAGAAGAUGCCAAUUUCCGUUUUUGUAGAGAUGAUUUUGAAUCCAGAAAAUAUGAAUAUGGAACGACUUACUCCUGUAGUAUUCAAGAAAGCUCGUAUCGAGCUGAAGCGUACUACAUCUGCUCUCGACGCAACUAGCAAACUUCUCCCAUAUAGCUACGAUUUGGCUUUAGUCCUUGAAGAGAUUCGUCUUGUCACUGAACUUAUGGUUCUUGUCAGUAAACUUGGACAGUAUAUGUGUGUCUACGGUAGUCAACCCAUUGAUCGCAAGAAAAGUUUUGAAGAAGGGCUACCAUACUCACCUGGUCGCGUAGGAGUUAUCAAUCUACCUCCCGCAAUUCGUACAGAUUUAGCAAAUACAAUGCUCCGUGUUCGUGGCCAAUUUCAACAUGUUUGGCUAUCUCGUUCGAUUCCAAGCACUCUUCAGAAUGCUCUAAAAAUGUUCGACAAUUUAUUCAGAGCUUUACUGCCUCAUGAUUUACAAGAAAUGGGUAAACAAUUAUUGUGA